AUGUCUAACGCCGAGACCGAGCCCGUCCAGAAGUCCGACGAUGAGUGGCGCGCUAUUCUCUCCAAGGAGCAGUUCCGCAUCCUCCGCCAGAAGGGCACCGAGCCUGCCGGAUCCGGCAAGUUCGAGAACACCGACGACGAGGGCGUGUACACCUGUGGCGCCUGCGACGCACCGCUGUACAAGUCGACCACCAAGUUCCACUCUGGUUGCGGCUGGCCGGCUUUCUUCGAUGCCAUUCCCGGCGCUGUGUCCCGUCAUGAGGACAAGAGCUGGGGCAUGACCCGCAUCGAGAUCACCUGCACCCGUUGCGGCGGUCACCUCGGGCACGUCUUCAAGGGCGAGGGCUUCAAGGAGGCAGCAUCCACCGAUGAGCGCCACUGCGUCAACUCCGUCUCCCUCAACUUCCACGACCCAGAGGGCAACAAGGUCCAGGGCUGA